AUGGAAGAGAGAUCCAAAUUGAAGUAUUUGAAUUCGCUUGAAAUUGAAAGAGACACGGUCUCAGAUGUCUCCGAGAGGAAGAAGUUCUUUGUAACAUUUCCCAUGCCUUACAUGAAUGGAAGGUUGCAUCUUGGACAUCUGUUUUCUGUGUCAAAGGCAGACUUUUUCAGCUAUUACAAGGAGAUGGAGGGAUAUAAUGUUCUGUUCCCAUUCGCAUUCCAUUGCACAGGAAUGCCCAUAAGUGCAUCAGCAAAGAAGCUUGAAGAGGAGCUUAAUGGGGGAGAAGUGGAUCUUUCUGUAAAGAAAAUCAUAAGGGACCUUGGGUUUGAGGAUGUUAGCUCAUUCACAGAUCCGACCCAUUGGGUAAGGACAUUUCCAAAUCUAUGUAUAAAAUCCUUAAAGAGAUUCCACGGAAACAUAGAUUGGAGAAGGUCGUUUAUUACCACUGACAUUAAUAAGUACUACGACUCGUUCGUCAGGUGGCAGUUUAAAAGAUUGAAUGAACUUGGGUAUCUGUCUUUUGGGAAAAGACACUCCAUAUUCUGUCCAAUAGAUAAGCAGACAUGCUUAGAUCAUGAUCGCAGAAAGGGAGAAAAUGUGAAACCUGUCAGGGUGGUUUUGUGCAAGCUAAUGUUCGAAGAAGGGUUUCUUCUUGCAAGGAUCAAGGAGGGAUGUACACCAUCAAAAGCGAUUGUUGGAAGCCAGAGCGAUUUUGUAGAGUUUGAAUACAAUGAUAAGAACUAUUUUGUAGAGAAGGAUAUUUUUGAAAACAUAAAUGCCCAGGUGUGUGGAGUAAAUGCAAGGAGGUCUGUUAAGGGUAGCUUCUUCAAUGAGAAACGAUUUGAAGCAUUUGGAAAGGAAAUAAAAUGUGAUGUUAUCGAAAGAGAUGUGCCCUGCAGUGUUAAGGGUAUUCAAGGCAAGAAGGAUGGUCAGUUGUUAGAGCACGUCACAAAGGAAAUCGAGUUUAUUAGUAAAGUCGAAAACACCGAAAUACACCUCGCAGAAACAAAAUAUCUUUUGAAGUUCUAUGAGCCUGAGGAAGAAGUCAUAAGUAGGUCUGGAGGAAAGUGUAUUGUCGCCUUGACAGACCAAUGGUACAUAAACUAUGAUGAUGCCGAAUGGAAGGAAAAGGUCAAGGAAUGCAUUGAUGAUCUGAUCUGUACCGAAGAUACAAAAAUAGUUUUGAAAGAUGCUUUGUCAUGGAUAGGAAAAUGGGGGUUUUCCAGAUCUUUUGGGUUGGGGACAAGAAUUCCUUGGGAUGAAAAAUAUCUCAUUGAUUCUCUCAGUGAUAGUACUGUUUACAUGGCAAUCUGCACCUUCAAACACUUUUUAUAUAAGGAUUUGGAGGGAAAGGAUGAGAUAUUUCCAAGCAGUAAACUUUCCGAUGAUGUGUGGAAUUAUAUCUUCCUUAACCAAAGGAUAACGGAGGAACUUAAGGAGUUUGAAGAAAUAUUAGAGAACUGCAGAAAGUCAUUCAACUACUUCUAUCCUGUUGAUCUUCGUGUAAGUGGGAAGGACUUGUUGAAGAACCAUCUCAUCUUCUUUUUGUUCAAUCAUGUAGCUUUGUUUGAAAGAAAGCAUUGGCCGAGGAGGAUAUUUACAAAUGGGUAUCUUAUGUUGAACUCCGAAAAGAUGAGCAAGAGCUCUGGAAACUUUUUAACUGUUGAUGAGUCUCUAGACAAGUUUGGAGUGAGCUCAACAAGAAUGUGCCUAGCAGUGUGUGGAGAUACAAAUGAGGAUGCGAAUUUUAUGGAGUUUAAUGCAAAUGCCUUUACUCUCAAGCUUUACUCAUAUGUAAAAAUGAUCGAGGAGCUGUGUAUCGGCAAGAGCUUUGAUCCUUGUAUCUUGAGUCUCAUAAGGAAAUAUGAUGAGAUGAGCUUUGCAGACAAAUUCCUUCUACAGACAAUUUCUAUGAAUAUCACCCAUACUAUUCGUGCACAUGAAGACAUGUUGUACAGAGAUGUGGUAAAGCAUGGGUUCUAUGAAAUGAUACAUGCAAAGGAAAUGUAUCACAUUCUAGGAGGAGCCAAUGAUGAAAUUGUGUUCUUACUUUUUAAGACUAUGACUCAGUUAUUGUAUCCCAUUAUACCCUCAUUGGCACGCCAUCUGAUAGAAACAUAUUUUCAUUCAAGUUUCUCUCUUCCCGUUCCAUUUUUGUCUGAUACGUCAGAAAUCGACGGAGUCUCCCAUCUCAAAAGUACUUUGAAGAGGCUUAUGAUACAGAAGAGGAAGAGAAAAUGCGACACAGUCAAAAUAUUGGUUGGGGUUAAAUACUCUAAGUGGAAGAGAAAAUGCAUGAGUAUUGUUGAUCAAAUCGCCUGUGAGUGCAAGAUUUUGAAUAUCAAUAUUUCGGAAGAAAUGAGAAAAAACGAGUCGUCUUUUUCAUCAAAAGUAAUAGAUGCUAUUAGGGAAGUUCUUAAGGAGUUUGGAGUUCCGGAGAAAAAAGGUAUUUUGUUUUCGAUGGACUAUCUUAACCAUCCGGAGAACUAUUCGAUGAAAUUUAACGAAUAUGAGGUUCUAAAGACAUAUAAACAUUACAUCGAAGACAAUACCGGGCUUGAGGUCGUGGUCUGCGUUAGUUCUAGGGCUGAUCCGGGGAUCCCAGUGUUUGAAUUCAAAUAA